AUGGACAGUUUCCCGAAGCGCGAUGGUAACCACGUUCCUCUGAGCCCCAUCACCUUCCUGACAAGGGCCGCCUCCGCCUACGCCGACCGCACCUCCCUCAUCUACGGCAGUACCACCUUCACCUGGAUGCAGACGUACCAACGCUGCUGCCGCCUCGCCGCCGCGCUCCUGGAGAUGGCCGUGUCCAAGAACGACGUCGUCUCGGUUCUUGCACCCAACACGCCGGCGUUGUACGAGUUGCACUACGCGGUGCCGAUGGCCGGCGCGGUUUUCAACCCCAUCAACUCACGCUUGGACGCGGCUGGCGUGGCCACCAUCAUCAGCCAUGCCGAACCAAAGGUGCUGUUUGUGGACUACGAGUACAUAGGCGUCGCAACCGAGGCGAUCAAAGCCUGUAGCACCGACGCGCCGCCGCCGGUGCUCGUGGUGAUCGACGACCAAGACAAGCCGACGGGCGCCCGUAUGGCCGGCGCCGACCUCGAGUACGAGCAGCUGGUGUCACGCGGCGACCCGGCGCGGUACUCUCCCCGUGACGUUAGCGACGAGUGGGACGCCAUCACUCUCAACUACACCUCCGGCACGACGUCGGCUCCCAAGGGCGUCGUGUACAGCCACCGCGGUGCCUAUCUCAGCACCGUGUCCAAUAUGAUCCAAUGGGGCCUCGGCCAUGAGCCCGUCUACCUGUGGUCGCUCCCCAUGUUCCACUGCAACGGCUGGGCCUUCACGUGGGGCGUGGCGGCGUGCGGCGGUGUCAACAUCUGCAUCCGCGUGCCCACCGCCGCCAACAUGUACGCCGCUAUUGCCGCCCACGGGGUCACCCACAUGUGCGCGGCGCCGGUGCUGUUCAAUAUCCUCAUAGAGGGCCGCCGUGAGCGGCUGCCCUAUCCCGUACACGUGCUCACAGGCGGCGCGCCGCCGCCGGCGGGUCUACUCCAGAGCGUCGAGCAGCUCGGCUUCAAGGUGACACACUCGUACGGCAUGACAGAGUCGACUGGACCGGCAACGCUGUGCGAGUGGCGGGAGCAGUGGGAUGUGCUGCCGGCGCCGGAGCGCGCGGCGCUAAAGGCGCGGCAGGGCGUGAGCGCGCUCUCACUCGCCGCCCUAGACGUAAAGGACCUCAAGACCAUGGCGAGCGUGCCGCGCAAUGGGGCCACCCUCGGCGAGAUCGUGCUGCGCGGGAGCAGCGUCAUGAAGGGGUACUACAAGAACCCGGAGGCCACAGAGGCGGCAUUCCGCGGUGGGUGGUUCCUGACCGGCGACGUCGGGGUGGUGCACCCGGAUGGGUACGUGGAGAUCAAGGACCUGUCCAAGGACGUGAUUAUCUCCGGCGGAGAAAACAUCAGCAGCGUCGAGGUGGAGUCGGCGCUGUACGGCCACCCGGCGGUGCGGGAGGCGGCGGUGGUGGCCAUGCCGCACCCGCACUGGGGCGAGUCACCGUGCGCGUUCAUGUCGCUCAAGGACGGCGCCUCUGAGGUCAAGGAAGAGGAGAUCGUGUCUUUCUGCCGGACCAAGAUGGCGCGCUUCAUGGUGCCGAAGAAGGUGGUGUUCGUGGAUCAGCUGCCCAGGAACUCUACGGGAAAGGUGCAGAAGCUUCUGCUCCGUGACAGGGCGCGUGCGUUGGCUAACAACAAUGAAGAGCAUCUGAUCACGGCGUCCAGGCUUUGA